AUGUCUCGCCCGCCCCAAAGAGUCCGCUUCUUCAGCGGGGCCCCAUAUCCUCGGCCUUGGGGGUGUUUCCCGAAAAGGCCCUUUUCCCAAAACCCCCCGCCACGCUGGUGUAAAAGGCAAAGUUGGGAUGGGCCCCAGAUGCCCCCAAAACUUCCACCGCGGGGCCCCCCCGCGCUGGGGCCAAGGGGCCCCGGGCAGAUGCCACAUUUCAAAAUUGGGGGACAAAAUGCCAAACCCAGGCCCCUUCCCCCUCUACUCACGGCUCAAAGGGCCCCACAGAAUUCUGGGGCCAAGGGGCUCAGGGGGGAGAAUGCUGGGCCCUGA